CCCAUUCUACAACCCUACCCUGAUGUGGGACAGGAUCGCGCCAUGGCAACAGGGUAAACAGACAAUAACAAUCCUUUGCAGCAGCACUCAGGACCAGAAGAGGAGCGGGAGACGCUGGAGGACAGACAGGUUGGACACUGAAGGAACGCAACAUCUGUAGACUUAAAGGAGUUCAGCCACCAUGGCAACCAGUUCAGACCUGGAGCAGCUCCUUGCAGCUUUCAGGAGGUUUGCUGUUCAUGGAGACACAAAGGCGACUGGAAAGGAGCUAAAUGGGAAGAACUGGGCCAAACUCUGCAAGGACUGCAAGAUAAUCGAUGGCAAGAAUGUCACCAGCACUGAUGUGGACAUCAUCUUCUCUAAAGUCAAGCAGAGGACGGCCCGAGUCAUCACCUACGAGGAGUUUCAGCGAGCACUUGAUGAGCUGGCUCCGAAGAGAUUCAAAGGUCAAAGCAAAGAGGAAGCUCUUCUGUCCAUCCAUAAGCUGGUGGAGAACGGAGAACCUACAAACAUCGGUGUGACGAAAGUGGCAAAGACGGCGACGGUGGACCGUCUGACUGACACGUCCCGCUACACUGGAUCUCACAAGGAGCGCUUUGACGAGAGCGGCAGGGGAAAAGGUCGCGAAGGUCGGGAGGAGAUAGUAGAGAACACGGGCUAUGUGGGUGCAUACAAGAACGCCGGCACGUACGACGCCAAGGCGAAGGCUGAGAAGUGACGAAUCAGCACCACCUACUGGGAGCUGAUGGAAGUACAGCACUUCAACUGGACCAAACUGUGACCUCGCGCGCGCGCGCGCGCGUGUGUGUGUGUGUGUGUGUGUGUGUGUGUGUGUGUGUGUGUGUGUGUGUGUGUGUGUGUGUGUGUGUGUGUGUGUGUGUUGAACUGAACUCCAUGUUCAGUCUGAUGAGCUGCACUCAAUUAGAUUGUCUGUAAAACCCAUUAGCAGCGCCCCCUGAGGCACAAUUUUCUGUUACACAUCUGGACUUUUAAGCUGGCUGAAAGUGUGAGAGCGGUUUUUGCUGCAGACCCGGAGACCACCGACCGAUUCAGGCCGACUGUGAAGUCAGGCUGGCAGCAGAUUCAGGCUUCUACUGCUCAGUGGUCUAGUGGUAGAGUGUCCACCCUGGGAGUGGGAGGUUGGGGUUUAAAUCCUGGUCGGGUCAUACCAAAGACUUUAAAAAUGGGACCCGGUGCCCCCCUGCUUGACACUCAUCUUUAAAGAGUUGGAUUGGGGACAAUGUAUGGGACUUUAACUUUUGAGACAGCGCUGCUCGCUGGUUUCAUAGCAAACCCAGAUGGAUCACGAGCGGAGUGUUAGUAUUGAACAUGGAGCACGUUAUCUGUUUAACUGUUUAAUGAAUCCAGAGUUUUCUUCCUAAAUUUCUAAGAAUUUAUUCUGGCCCCAAACCUUGUCCUGACCCUACAUAAACAUUCAUCAAUUAGAGGUUUCAGUCUCAAAAAGGCUAGAAGCGUGAAUCUGCGGUCUCCGGGUCUGUGGCCAUGUACUGUUGGCAAGUGCCACCAACUCACCUGCCUCAAAGUCCUGCCCACUCACCUGCACCAAUAAAGUGUUCUUAAUCAUCUCGAACUACUUGCAUCCAAACUCCCAACAUCAGGCUCAGUCUCAGAAACAACAUGGCGGCUCCAGUAAAUGGCAGCAGGGGUGGCUGUGGCAUUUUUGUUUAUAAUGAAGCGUUAAUAGGACUGAGCGUUCUUUAUGUUUCUCUUGUUGCCAAACUUACCUGGGCUCACCGACUCCAAACAGCUGACAGAAACAAGCUGACAUUUGACUCCUCAGAUUUGGAACCUCUUUUGUAAACAUCACAACAAACACAAAACAACAGCUGAACAACAUACAAUUAAUUUGGUUUAACCAAUCAGGAGCUGAUCCUGACGACCCAAUCAGGAACAAAACUGUUCAGAGACAUGACAAACAUUUCCGUGUCUACGCUGGUCAGAAAGAGAAAUAAAACCUCAACAAAUACA